CAUACAUAAAUCUUUUCAUGAAUCUAAAAAUUAAAUUUUUUUUCUUAUAUUAAAGAUUAGAAGCAGGAUUUCAGAUUCAGCUCACGGGACAAACCAAAAUAAGAUAUUAAAAUAUUGCAAGAACCCUAGCUAGUAGAAAUAGAGUUUGCUGAUUUGUUGAGUAAUUAUAAAUUGAGAUGGGGAGAGGAAAGAUUGUGAUACGAAGGAUUGAGAAUUUGACUAGCCGGCAAGUAACUUUUUCAAAGAGAAGAAAAGGAUUGAUGAAGAAAGCUAAAGAACUAUCCAUUCUUUGUGAUGCACAAGUUGGAUUAAUUUUGUUCUCUUCAACUCACAAGCUUUAUGACUAUGCAAGCUCCAGCAUGGAAUCUGUUAUCGAGCGUUAUAACAAAUUAAUGGAGGACCGUCAUCAAGCAGUGGAUCCUACUUUGGAUGUCAAGUUUUGGCAAAGAGAAGCAGCAAGCUUGAGGCAACAAUUGCAGCACUUGAAUGAUAGCCAAAGGCAAUUGAUGGGCCAAGAACUAUCUAGUUUGGAUUUUGAUGAGCUGAGGCAUCUAGAACACCAAUUGGAGAUGAGUUUGAAAAGCAUUCGCACAAGAAAGGGUCAAAUUUAUAGUGAUGAUAUCAAUGAAUUACACAAAAAGGGAAGCCUUAGUAGUAAAGAAAAUGAAGAACUUCAUAAGAAGAUAGACCAAAUUGGUGAGGAAAAUGCAGAACUAGAGAAGGUUAUUGGUGCAAGGCGUAGGGAAUAUGCAACAACCAAUCCUUCAUACAGUACUAGGAUCAGCUAUGGAUAUGAUGAACCAAUCAGUCUACAGCUAAGGCAGCCACAACCCCAACAGUGAACCAAAUCUCUGGUAUUCCCUCAAACUGAGGAUGUUCUGUUUUUUCUUAAUUUCAUUAUAAACUAAUGAGCUAAAGUCUGCAGUACUAGGUGACCAUAGCUGCAUACAUGUACUCAAUUUGGCAUAUCAUUUAUCAAAUCUUUCAACAACUUGUCCCAAUGGAGUUCGAUAUUAUGUUUCAAGAACCGUAGUUAUUUCCAGAAACUUUACGGUGCACAAUAAAAAAACCAAUGAUUCCCAUUGUAAAUUUGUAAUGAUCGUAUCAUAUUGUCUAGUGCAUGGUGUGGUUUUGUAUUUUCUCAUUCUUAUGAUCGAUUGAACAGAAAAUAUUAUGUU